AUGGCUGCAAUGGUUAUAUCGUGGCAAAUAUGCAAAUAUUUCAAAAUAAUUUAUUUGGUCAUUUUAUUUGAGUUUUCUCAAGCCGAUCGUCCAUGUGCUCAAAAAAUCUAUGGAUUCAAUAGCAACAAUUUAGUAUGUGUAUGUAACGCAACCUAUUGUGAUGAUAUCCAGCCAAUUACUUAUAUCCCAACUAAGAAAGCUGUUAUGUACGUUUCUUCGAUGGCUGGAAAACGAUUUAAAAAAUCAAUAAUUUGCAUUGUGAAGAAAUCUACCAAUGGUGCGGUGAGAAUUGACGUUGACGCGCGCAAGACCUAUCAAUCAAUAAUCGGGUUUGGUGGCUCGUUCACGGAUGCUGCUGGAAUAAAUUUAGCGUCGUUACGGCCAAAAACUCGUCAAAAUCUCAUGGAGUCAUAUUUUGGAAAGAAUGGGAUUGAAUACAACCUGGGAAGAGUGCCAAUAGCAAGCACAGACUUUUCGACAAGAGAGUACAGCUAUGCUGAUAUUGAUGGAGAUUUUGGAAUGAGCAGGUUUUCGUUGGCGCCGGAAGAUUUCAAGUACAAGAUUCCGUACAUACUUUCUGCUAUAAAUCUAACCAAUGGAAAUAUUCGUCUAUAUGCUUCUCCGUGGAGUGCACCCGGGUGGAUGAAGACGAAUGGUCGAAUGAAGGGCGGAGGUUCACUGAAAGGUACAAUGAAUGGCGAAUAUUACCGUGCCUAUGCAAAAUACUUUGUGAGAUUUUUCGAAGAGUACACUAGAAACGGCGUACCAUUUUGGGGUUUGACCCUACAAAAUGAGCCCAUAGUCGGUGGGAUACCACUUUUUCCAUGGCAAUCAAUGCACUUCACUGCUGAAAUGCAAAGGGAUUUCAUGAAAGGCACCCUUGGUCCAAUGUUGAAGGAGAACGAAGUAACCCGAAAUCUGAAGGUGAUGGUCUAUGACGAGAGUAGGACGUUGUUGCCUCAAUGGGCUGAUACAGUUUUCAAUGAUCCCGAAACAUCGAAAUACGUUGACGGUAUCGGAGUGCAUUGGUAUCUUGAUACUGUUAUACCGGCAAGUGUCUUAACGACAGUUCACGAGCGGCAUCCGGAGAAGUUCAUACUUGCCACAGAGGCUUGUACUGGAGCUUUCGUUCAACGAGGACCACUAAUGGGUGAUUGGGGUCGAGCGGAGGAAUACGCCGUGGACAUCAUUACGGAUCUAAACAAUUUUGUGGCCGGUUGGACAGAUUGGAAUCUUUGUCUGGACAAGGAAGGUGGUCCGAAUUGGGUUUACAAUUUUGUGGACUCCCCCGUCAUUGUUAAUGGUAAAGUGGACGAGUUCUACAAGCAACCAAUGUUUUAUGCCUUGGGACACUUCAGCAAGUUCAUCCAAAGGGACGCCGUACGUAUAAGCACCACAAUUGUAGGCUCAAGGGACAUCAUCGCUACGGCUGUCACACAUAAAGGGAGAAGAACUCUGGUGAUGAUCAACCAACAUGCUUCAAUGCAUACUCUGACUAUCGAUGACAUUGAGACUGGCCAUCAGCUGCGGCUCACAGUUGACGCACGAUCGAUCGUUACUGUAGUGUGGGACAAACAAUGA